AUGGAAUCAUCUACAUUGAAAGAAAAGCAAGUGGCAUCCACGGUUGCCAGUUCGCUUGGAUCAGCUACUCCAAAUAGAACGAACGAAAUCGAAAAUGAACCCCAUCAUGUCUACGCUGCCGAUAGUCUCUCACCACUCCACCAGAUCGUCUUUGUCGCGACCAUCUGCUCGGCGAUGUUCACGAACCAGCUGGGUUUAGGCCAAACAAUGGGCAUUGUAAAGAUUAUCGGACAGUGGUACGGCAUUAUGGAUGGAAACCAACUUCCCUGGCUGGCUGCAGGCUACAGUCUCACAAUUGGCACAUUUGUCCUAUUUGCCGGGCGGCUGGGCGACGAGUUUGGCCACAAGAAGCUCUUUGUGCUUGGCAUGGCUUGGUAUGCUCUUUGGACGCUGAUUUGCGGUCUUGCGGUCUAUUCAACAGCUAUUCUGUUUAUUGUUGCGCGAGUCUUUCAGGGAAUUGGUCCUGCCAUGACGCUACCCAAUGCCAUCGCCAUCCUUGGUGCAGCGUACGCUCCGGGCCAACGCAAGAAUCUUGCAUUUGCCUUUUUUGGUGGAAGUGCUCCAUUUGGUGCCAUUGCUGGAUUUGCGACCGGCGGUCUCUUUGCUUUGGCCUGGUGGCCGUGGGCCUACUGGAGUGCCGCGAUUGCUCUCGCUGGUCUGUCGCUGUUUGCUGCUUGGUUUAUCCCAGCCGACUCAGUAGCACCGGCUGCCGACGGUGAAAAGGGUAUGAAUACGACUAAUAGAUUGACUCGGCUGGAUUUGCCUGGCUGUGUCACCGGAGUUACAGCCCUUAUUCUAAUCAAUCUUGCCUGGAUCCAAGCCGGGUCCGUUGGAUGGCAGCAACCGUACGUCUAUAUCUGCUUCAUUAUCGGUCUCCUUUUUCUAGGGCUGUUCUGGUUUAUUGAACUGCACUGGUCUUCUCAUCCUAUUCUACCACUGGCUUCGUUCAACGGCGAUAUUGCGUUUGUCCUCGGUUGUACCGCUUGCGGAUGGGCUUGUUUCGGUAUUUGGGUUUAUUAUGCUGCGGUAUUCGUCACGGAGCUAGAUGGCGUGAGUCCCCUGCUGCUUGCUGCCUGGUACAGUCCAGUGAUCCCGUCUGGCCUGUGUGCAGCUCUCGCCGUUGGAAAGCUUCUUGGCCGCAUUUCUGCAGCGUCGGUCAUGGUAAUUGGAAUGAUUGCCUACUUUAUUGGGUCCCUGCUUAUUGCCACAAUGCCAGUGGGCCAAGUCUACUGGGCCAACUUUUUCUGCAGCGUUCUCAUCAUAUGUGUCGGGAUGGACUCGUCAUUCCCCGCUGCAACAAUCAUCUUCUCCGAUGCCGUGGAAUCCAAAUAUCAAGGCAUUGGUGCUAGUGUUGUCUUGACUAUUGUCAAUUACAGCAUCUCACUGGGGCUGGGGUUUGCAAACACAAUCGAGUACGAGGUGAAUCGAGGCGGCCACACCGCUAGCGACAAGGAACGUGGCUAUCGCGGAGCCUUUUACUUUGAGCUAGGCCUCUCAGGGCUAGGGCUUUUGUUAAGUUCGGCAUUUUUGGCGAAAGACUAUUCGCGUAAGAGAAAGGUUGGCAAAUCCAAUGUUUAA